AGAAAGGGGAACUGCAAGUUCAGAUUCAGCCCUGAGUUUCUCCAUGUGAUGCCCCGCUCCCUCCGCUGCUGCACUGUCUGAUCUGCUCUGAGAACAGAAACAAGCAGAGACGGGCGGAGAGGAGCAGAGGAGGGGACGGGGGAGCAGACCCUGGGUGAGGAGCCUUCAGCCCCCGCCAGGUGCAGCUGGAGAGGCCAGCCCGAGGGACAGGGCCAUGCGGCUGCCAUGGGCUCUGCUGCUUCUCUGUGUCCCAGGCUCUUGGUCUCUGAGCGGCCCCCGUAAUGUGACGGGCACCGUGGGCGGAUCGCUGAGCGUGCAGUGUCGGUACAAGAAGGAGUAUGAGGCCUUCGACAAGUACUGGUGCCGACAGCCAUGCUUGCCUCUGUUCUCCGAGACCGUGACAACCAGUGCCUCCGGGAGAGAGGUGAGGAGUGGCCGUGUGUCCAUCCUGGACCAUCCUGGCAACCUCACCUUCACCGUGACCUUGAAGAACCUCACUGCAGACGAUGCAGGAAAAUACAGGUGUGGGAUUUCCACGCUCCUGAUGGAAGAGGGGCUUCCUGGCUUUUUGCCUGAACCCUUUUUCCAGGUUCAAGUGUUUGUUUCCCCAGCCUCCAGCAGCAAGAGCUCGGCAAGGACGCCUGGACCUCCCAGCCGAGACCCAGGGUCCAUGUUCAGCAGUGUCCACUUCCUGCUCCUCAUAUUCCUGAAAAUACCUCUGUUUCUGAGCAUGCUCAGUGCUGUCCUCUGGGUGAACAGGCCUCAGCGAGCAACUUCUGAGGAAACACAGUUUGGCUAAGAAAACCUGCCACUGCCCCGCCCAGCAAUGUCCUGUCCAGAGACACAGCCACUCGGACUAGAGAAGACGGAAUCUCAUCCCUGAACCUUACAUCCCUUUCCAGCUUAUCACUAGACACUUAAAAAAAAACAUUUCAAUGAAUAUAUCACCUGCACAAACGUGUGUAUAGGAACAGUUGAAGAAUUAAAAUAAACAACUGUGUGCCC